ACUUUCCUCCCUCCAAAUUCCUGCUUAGAUUGUCAUCCAAGGUCAUCCUUGUUUCAGUCUUCUACCACCACCAUCAUGUUGCGUGUCGGUUUCUCCUCCUCCGCUCGUCCCUUCCUCACCGCAAAUUUUGCUCGCCAAGCUCGCCUGGCUCGUCAAUUCAGCAGCUUCAGAACUAAUGGCCUGCUUCAAACUUUACAGAAGCGCUCUAAUCCCUUCACGCGGGGAAGCGUAUUUUUGUCCUCGCGCUCCUACAUGUCGGAGACACCGAUAAUUCAGACCUCAAAAGCUUUUUCAUGGCGGAGAUUCGCGUUGACGGCGGCUGGAGUCGCCGGAACCGUCGUCGUUAUUGAAGGCGUUUUGAAUCGAGAGACUCGAGAUGGGUUGUCAGCCGGCGAGCAGGCGCUGCUCCACGACAGCUUCAAGUACACAGGCGGAGGACUCGUCCUCACUGCCCUCGCUGCGAGGGCCAUGUUCAAAUCAGGUUUUGCUGUCAGAGUGAUGACUGCUAAUCCCUGGCUGGUAUUGGGUGUCAGUUUGGUCGGAGGUAUUGGGACUAUGAUGGGUACCAUGUACACGUCGCCGGAAAACACCGUUCAGAAGCAUCUUCUCUGGGGGGCUUUCAACCUGUGUCAAGCUGCUACUCUUAGCCCCAUGUUCUUCUUUGCCCCUGCCAUUCUGUCGAGAGCAGCGUUGUACACCUGCGGAAUUGUCGGUUCGCUCUCUUAUGUCGGGGCUACUGCGACAAACGAUAAGUAUAUCAACAUGGGUGGUCCUCUCCUAGCUGGUAUCACUGUCGUCGCACUUAGUUCCUUGGCACCAAUGGCUCUGCCACUUGGUAUGCGCGGUCUCGCCGUCACCGAAGCUAUCUCUCUGUAUGGCGGAUUGGCAUUGUUUGGUGCUUUCGUGCUCUACGAUACUCAGAAGAUUCUCCUCCACGCCCGCAUGGCCGAGCAGGGUAGAAUGAAAGCUGAUCCCAUAAACGAAGCCCUCGGCCUCGAGUUGGACAUGAUCAACAUAUUUAUCCGACUAGUCCAAAUUUUAUCCAUGCAAAAUAACAGAAAGUAAAUAAGGGACUCUAUGGAACUUCAUUGUAUCUUAUCACCAAAUGUAUCUUCUGCCUCACUCACACAAUGAAAGAGAA